AUGGAGCAGGUUUGGAAUGGAGCAGGUUUGGAAUGGAGCAGGUUUGGAAUGGAGCAGGUUUGGAAUAGAGCAGGUUUGGAAUGGAGCAGGUUUGGAAAGGAGCAGGUUUGGAAUGAAGCAGAUUUGGAAUGGAACAGGUUUAUGAAGAGAGCAGGCUUGUGGGGGGCAGAGGCAGGUUUGGAGAGGCACAGGUGUGGGAAGGAGCAGUCCAACAAACUCCGCUCCCGCACGAUUCCCAAGAUCAACCCAGACUUCAACGAGACCCUUACCUACUACGGGCUCUCAGAUCAGGACAUGGCCAGGAAGACACUGCGGCUUACUGUUUUAGACGAGGACCGCUUCGGGUGUGACUUCCUGGGUGAGGCGCGGGUGGCCCUCAAACAGGUGUCCCCCCACGAGACCAAACGCAUUAAGAUUAACCUAGAGAAGAGGAUUAAUCUGGCGGAGGACGAGGUGAAGGGCGAAGCUGAGAAGGGAAAGCUACUUCUUAGUCUCAAAUAUUCAACCCAGCGAAGUGCAUUGAUCGUGGGCGUGGUGAGGUGCGCCCACUUGCCCUCCAUGGACUCCAACGGCUUCUCGGACCCCUAUGUCAAAGUUCAGCUGAAGCCAGAUCCAACCUACAAGAAAUUCCGGACGGCAGUGAAGUGGCGGAAUCUUAACCCUGAAUUUAAUGAAGAGUUCUUAUUUGAGGUGAGACGCAAUGAGCUUCCCAAGAAACUGCUGGAUAUUCGGGUCUAUGACAAGGACGUGGGCAGGAGUGAUGACUUUAUUGGCGGUCUGCAGCUCUCCCAGGACAGCACAGGCACAGAGCUACGCCACUGGUACGACGCUCUCCAAUACCCAGACCGCAGACACGAUCGCUGGCACCAGUUGCAGCCUUUGAGCGGCAAGUAAACACAGGAACACAGGGAAGACCAACGCCACUCACCACGCAGCGGCUUAACACACAAACUUACUACUCGUUCGGAUUCUCGCUUGAUUGGUCGCUGUUUUGGGGUGUGUGUGUGUGUGUGGGUGUGUGGGUGUGUAGGGUUAUUAGUUAAAGGUUGGUAUGUUUUGUUUUGUGUUUUUUUGUGGGUUAAAGUGUGUGUGUGUGUGUGUGUGUUUGUAGUGAAAGGAUGUCACGGUUCCUUGAGACUUCUGUUUAAGUGAAGUUUUGAAGGCAGGUAAAUCUGAAAAUGAAGUGUAAAAGGAAGUUUGCUUAUUCAUAGAGGUGAAAUGAAGUGAAGUUUUGAAGGCAGGUAAAUCUGAAGUGAAGUUUUGAAAGGAAGUUUGGUUUAUUGUAUAUCCGUUUAGUAUGACGAGUGAAGUGUACGUAUAGAUAGUGAAGAAGUUUGAAGUGAAGUUUGAAAGUCGAGUUGAAGUGAAGUUUUGAAAAGGAAGUUUGUCAAUUAUAUAUUCAUUUACUAAGAGUGAAGUUUCUAUCUAAUGAGUGAAGUGAAGUGUGGAAGUUAAUCUUGAAAGGAAGUUUGAAGUUUGAAGUGAAGUUUGGAAAAGGAAAUUUGCCAAUCGUAUAUUCAUUUAGUGAGAGCGAAGUUUCUAAUGAAUGAAGUGAAGAUUGAAGCCAUUUGAAGUUGAAGUUUGAAGUCUUUUGAAGUGAAACAUAUCGCUAUUCCUGUAUACUAUUAGCGUGAAGUGAAAAUCGUGACUAAUAUUUGAGAGUGCGUGAGUGUGCGUGAGUGAGUGUUUGAGUGAGUGCGUGAGUGAGUGUGUGUGCGUACGUGAGUGUGUGCGUGAGUGCGUGAAUGAGAGUGAGUGUGUGUGUGUGUGUGUGUGUGUGUGUGUGUGUGUGUGUGUGUGUGUGUGUGUGUGUGUGUGUGUGUGCGUGCGUGGAGGCGGGAAAUAUGCAAAGGAAGGGACCAGAGGAGGGAAGAAAAAGUACACAGGUAAAAAAUUUAUUGUUUUGACUCAAAAUGUUGUUUUUCUUGAUGUUGUUUGUUUUGUUCUUGUUUAAAUAAGAUGCAAUAGUAAUAGAAGUGUGUGUGUGUGUGUGUGUGUGUGUGU